CAUGCAAAGUUAUUACGAGAAAAAAUCAGGACGAUAUUAGAGAGUUCUGUGCAGUAUUUUCCAUUUACAAACGAUAUUGUAAACCGUCUUUCCACCAUGGCUAGUAACAUGGAGCACCUCGAGCGAGAGCUCAUCUGUCCGAUCUGCAAUGAUUACUUCACCACACCACUCCUUCUUCCAUGCAAUCACAAUGUGUGCCACCGAUGUGCCAAGGCACAGCUCACCGGUAACUCCGGACGUUGCAGCUUCCACGCCUCCAGCGAAAGUCUCCAGUCAGUCGAUACCAACCAUGAGACGACCACGCCCACUUCCUCGAGACCGAGCAGCGCAGCAGCCAAUCGCAAGUCCCGAAAGUUGUCGCUGACGUCACUAUCGAGCACGCCCACCUCUCCGUUGGACACGCCCGGCGGAGGCUUCAACACGGCGAACAGGAGUUCGAUGAGGAGAUCGUUCCGGGAAAGGAAGAGUGUGACGGGUUCUGGUCCGAUUACGCCAAGGGAUAAAGUUGGCACGAAGUCCAAAAAGCUUGGCACAUCAGGAUUAGGAUCGAGGCCAGAAUCGCCUAUUUCUGAAUCCUCUCGUCCCGAUUCACCCAGAGGUGAUGCGAUGACUGGUCCACUUGAGACUCCAAGGGGACGAAAAGGAUCCACGGGUAGCGUUACCAGUCUGGGAAGCAGAUCAGAUUCUUUCAGUGGAACGCUUGGAAUGAGAGGAAGAACACCAUCGACGGGAAAACUGAAUGGCCCGACGGCAACAUCGAUCCACUGCCCGACCUGCGAUGAGGAAGUUCAUCUGGGAGAUAAAGGCAUCAAUGGUCUCUUCAGGAACUUCGCCUUGGAGGUCGUUGUCGACAGGUAUAAGUUGGCAGCCAAGAAGGCCGCUAGUAUCCCCUGUGGCUCUUGCAAGAAAAAACCGCCUGAGGAUGCAGCCAAAAGCUGUCUGGAUUGUAAGUCACCUUACUGUACGGAGUGCUUCGCCAUAUAUCAUCCUUGGGGGACACCACGAGCUCAACAUGUCUGCAUUGGUCCCACCUAUAACUACAGACCAAAGACCCUGAUGUGCAAUGAUCACCAUGGAGAGAAGAUCACCAUGUACUGUGAGGGAUGUCAUAAACCAAUCUGCCACAGGUGCAAGUUCAGCGGGUCACAUGCCGAUCACAAAGUUUCCAUCAUAGAAAGAAAAUACGCUGCAAUGAAGGAAAAGAUGGAACAGACGAUCAGUGCCAUUGCAAAACGGCGGCAAAACAUCACGGAUCAGGUGGAGAAACUUGAGAGGAUUUCAUCUUCUAUUGAAGAGAGUGCAGGCGCAAUGCAGAAGGCGUUGGCUGAAGCCUUGGAACUGUUACAAUCAACGCUCAGCGAAAGACACACUGACUUGACGCAGAGGGCGUCUGAGGAGGUGACCCAAAGGACACAGAACAUCCGCAAAGUAUUGGACACCUACAAGGAUGUCCUCCAGGGAUGCAGCGUUGCCGACCUGGCUUCUGAACUGCUGAAGGAAACUGACAAGGCUAUGUUUGUACAAGCUGCCAAACCUCUCGUUGGAAGAUUGGUGCAAACGGCCAAGUCGCUCAAGCAAACAGAGGAGAUGUGUGAAAAUUACGAGACAUUUGGUGACUUCCAGCUAGACUCGACAUGUGCUCUCAAAUCUCUUCGGGAACUUGAUUUCAUCAAAGCUCCGGGACAACCAGUAUUACAGCCAAAAGCUUCCAAUCCCCACGCCUGCCUUGAAUGGAUACCAUCGACCGACGGGGGCGCUGUUGAUUCUUAUACAGUGGAGUACCUGAAGCUGGAAAGCAGCAAACAGGCGGAAGAAGGUUUAGAAAGACCGACCAGUCUCCCGCUCAACAAUGGCAAUGGCGACCAAGGCGCGUCUGAAAGUGAUGACGAGUGGACGAAGGUCUCGGACCUGACAGACUGCCGGUAUGAGCCAAGGAAUCUAGAGAUGGACACCUCCUACAAGUUCAGAGUGAAGGCUUUUAAUCCGGCUGGUACCAAGUCCAGCGAUUGCAUACUCUUGAAAACACCACCGGCUCCAGUGCUACCUUUUAAAUGGACCCAAUGCCAGUCAAGCGUGCCUCAUAUUUCAUCAAAGGUUCGGAAAGAUGGCCAAGAGGUCUUGGUGUCGCCAACAUCAACCAUGUUUUCAUCGAACUCCGGCUCAUUCCCGACCUCGCCCAUUGCACUGGAACCCGUCCACUUUGUAGGGGACAAGAAACUAACGUCGGGAAAGCACUACUGGGAGGUCCAAGUUGAUAAGGCCACUCUCGCUAUCCACGUUGGUAUAGCAAGUGAGCGUAUGGCGGAGCGCUUCAGCCGCAGCAGUGACGGCGACGCCAUUGCAGAUCGCGACAGCGGACACGACAGUUGCGACGAACUCGACGACGAGGUCUCGCUGCAAGAUCCCACGGUUUUCGUCACACAUUGCAUGGGCAAAUUGACGCUGCCGUCACCGACGUCAUCACCGCGAAAGACCUCGAAUAAGGCAUCGUCGAAACCUUCGAGUCCGAGGACAUGUAGUAUUCAAUCUAAUGUUGUUGGUGUGCUCUUAGACGCUGAAGCAGGUAGAGUGUCCUUCUACGAUGGUUCUUCAAAGGAAUGUCUUUUCUCUAGGAAAAUCAAGGUAUCUGGUGGGAUCCAACCAGCUCUUACCAUCGUCGGGUCAGGAACAGUUAGAAUGAAUUAGCGAUGGUGUACUAUCCGCUGCUAUUUUCCCCUGAUCCACCAAUCUUAUUGAUUUUUUUUUCGCAUGAUGGUUCGUCGAGGUAAUGCCGCUUCCCAUCAGGAAAAUCAAGUUAUCUGGUGGGAUCCAACCAGCUCUAACCACCGUCGGGUCAGGAACAGUUAGAAUGAAUUAGCGAUGGUGUACUAUCCGCUGCUAUUUUCCCCUGAUCCACCAAUCUUAUUGAUUUUUUUUUCGCAUGAUGGUUCGUCGAGGUAAUGCCGCUUCCCAUCAGGAAGAUCAAGGUAUCUGGUGGGAUCCAACCUUCUCUUACAAUCGAACAUUUAUGGUAAAUGUCCAAUGGCAUUUGCCUUGAAUCAUCAGUCGUCUGGUGGCUGGGACGCUGGCUUACCUUACGAUGAACGAGCUUUAUCAGAGUAAUGUGCUGUAUUCAUUCGUGGGCUUCGAUACAUGACAUUACGCUAUUAUUAUUUUCUCUUUUUUUAGGGGGGGUCGCUGAUCUAAUUAUGUGGAAGUGAUCUCAAUAAACCUUAGUAUCAGCGUAUAUUCAAACAAUGACCUCUGGAUUUAUUUUCAUACAACUAAACGCCAAAUUCUGAAAUUGAAAAUAAUUAUUGCCAAAGUCGUAGACCUAACUCUUCACAGACAAUGUUCGAGAGGCCUUUGUUAUGAUUAAGUUAUCAUUAUGUAGUCUAUAACUUAACAUUAUCAAGCACUUAUCAUUUUUCCCCUCGAUUUGGUCUUUGUGUUGCUAGGUAACUGUUCAAUCAAUGAUACAAAAUG